GGAAGAAAUAAAAAACUUUCCCAGCAAGACAAACCCCUCAGCUGUACCUAAUUUAGAAACAAUUUAUUCAGCUUUGCUGUGAGGAAGAACAAACUGGAUGAAGCAAGUAUAAUAGCCAGGACACAGAAAUGAUAGAACAUAUUGGCUGUUGUUGUGAGCAGGGAGAGAGUAGACUUUAGUUCAGUCAGCCAAUCAACAGUCAGAAAAGUACCCUAAAGGAGAGAGAAUUACAAGCAUCCAGCAGAAGAAUGAAGAGUGUUGUAGGUGUGCUGGUGUUGCUGUUCUGCUGUCUGUCUGGGGCAUUGGCUCAACAGAACAGGGUUGAGGGUGCUGUGAAAAACACUGAAACCACCUGUCAUGCUGAUGUCCAUGCUGUGCUGAGAGAGAUGAGCGCUGCCAUGGCGGAGCAGAGAGUGGAGCUGAAACACACAGACACAGCUGCAAGCCCUGCAGGGCCAACUGAAAACCACUGAAAGACAAAUGGAGGAACUAAGAAAACAGAAUAAAGAGAGGCCAUAUGUGGCGUUUGCAGCUUCUUUGGGAGUGUCUGGAAACACUGGUCCCUUCAACACAGACAUCACAAUGAUCUACAAAAACAUCUUCACCAACACUGGCUCCGCCUACAAUCCAAAUACAGGGAUCUUCACAGCACCAGUGAGGGGAGUCUACUACUUCAGCUUCUCUGGUUGUAACGAUGCCUCCAAAGCAAUGGGUCUGCAGCUGUAUAAGAAUGGAGUCAAGCAGGUCACUGUUUUCAACCAUGACAGCGGUACCCGCUAUGAGACUUCCACCAAUGGGAUCUCUUUGGAGCUGGAGGUGGGAGUGCAGGUCUACGUGCGUCUCCUGAAAAAUACAUGGGUUGCUGAUAGUGACAACAACCACAACACUUUCAUAGGCCAUCUGCUUUUCCCACUCUUGUCAUCUGGUUGCCAACAGUAGGUUGCCAUGUGAUUCAAUUAUGAUUUAUAAUCUUCACAAUGCAUUGUUCAAUCUAUUGUUCAAUCUAGAAAUCAAUAAAGCUUUAGCCAUUCAA